AACGUCGUAAAAUCAUGUCCCUCAAACCCAAAGCGAAACACGGAAUACGAGCCCGGCGAGAACCACGCGACUCCUCUCCAAUCCUCUCACGAUUUUCCGUCCCACUCUGUUCUUCCUCGGGGACGGAGCCUGCCCGCGACCGCGACAAGAGAAGCGCGCGCGUGCGUGUCUCGUCUGGCCUUCGCUCCUCACGCGGGCGAGACGAAGAGAGCGAGCGAUUUGGGAGGGGGACCAAUCUGGUGGGCACCUCGUCUCACAGCGAUCGGCGCGGGGAGCCGCGACCAUGGAUUCGACUCGGCCCAGGAGGGUUCCCAACAAAUCCUGCCGCCCGGACUGGAGGGAGGAGCUUAGGACAAAUUGCAUGAAAAGAGUUAAAAAUGACAGAGUCCACUUGCUCUGGAAGAUCAGGACCCAAGGGCGGCUGCCUGCCAAAGAUAUGAAAACAGUCGAAUCUGCAGUCAGGAACAUUAUUUCUGAUGAGGUACAGAAACUCAAACAGUGUGUAGAUGGAAAAGAAGCCCAAGAAAUUGAUGUGAUAUGGGAAUAUCAAGGACCACAGGAAGCCAGGCCUGCUGAAUUUGAAAGUGAAGAUAUAUUGCUUGAAAUGGAAAGACUUCUCUAUGAAGAUCUACGGGAAGAAACGAUUCGUAAAGAAAUAGAGGACCUGGAGGAGCAAGAUGCGUACUUAGCUCAAGCUAUUUUUGAUCAUAUGCAAUUAAGUGAAGAGGGUGCUGAAAAUGCUAAGCUUUGGUGCCCAGUAUGCAAACAAGGAGAGCUACGCGAGACAAAUAAUCUCAUACGCUGUUCCCUUUGUAAGCUACGCCUUGACCUUGGAGAAGAUAAGAUAAACCUAGAUUUCUUGCGGGAACGGUUGGCUAAUGUGCAUAUGGAACAUUUGGACAGAGGAUGCAAAUUACCGCCCAAGUUUUGCUUACAGGACAUGUUUGGGUUGAGUGCACUUUACAUACAAUGCGAAGAAUGCAGCACUUUUGACGUUGUGGUGUAAAUAUUUACUUGAAAGCUAAUGACAACAUAUCACACAGCAUGGGGAGGUUAUGUCAGUUUUCCUAAAGAUAUUUGUCAGAAGAUUUUUGUACAUUUAGAAGGCACACAUGUACCCUUGUUAUGCUGUGGCGGCCAAACAGUACAAGAGCCAUAUAAAUGUAAUCGCUUGUAUUGCCUGCCUUUUUAGAGUCUCGUCAAUUGUCAUGUAAAGAUCUACUUACGGGGCAGUGUAAUUAGCCAGUUGAGCUUGGUCAAUAUUUUGUUGCCAGCUUACAUUCAUGAUUUUCAGAACAUUGACUAGCAUGAAAUGAUUUUUUAUAUGUCACGGUGAUGUGAACUCUUGCGUUGA